UGUGAUCGAUAGAAAUAAACACGAAAUUUACGAAAGACGAAGAAAAACAAAAUCGGAAGAGGUUGGAGGUCGUUUCGACUCCGUUCAAAACAACAUCUAGCAGAUAAGGAGUCCUUAUAUAUACCCUCAAAAGAAUCCAAAAGACGAGCCAUUUGUACACAAGAUUACUCUACAAGUGAAUUUCUAAUCUUCACAUCAACUUCUUCAUCAAGUAAAAUAUUCGUCCAGAAUGAAAAGUCUUUUUGUAAUUGUGGUAUUAUCUGCGACGAUCGCUGUAUCGUUAGGAUAUUCGAGCUGCACCAGUUCUCGACAGAAUCAAUUGAAAAAUGGAAAUUCGCCCAUAAUUCACCAAUGCGACGAAAACGGUGAUUAUCUACCGCUGCAACAAACCGUUGGCGCCCCUCACUGGAAAUGGUGUUUCGACAAGGACGGUGGUACUCUGAUGGGUCCUUCAAAACAAAUCGAAACCUGUGUUUGUCCCGUGAAGAAAGUUGCUUCUGAAGAAGCAGGUGAGCGUGUGCCCGAAUGCGAUGACAAAGGCUAUUUCUCUGUGGUGCAAAAGGAAGGCGCUAACAAAUGGUGCGUGGAUAGGAAUACAGGAGAAAAGACGUCCGAGUUUUACCCAAUUGAUUCAGAAAUUAAUUGUAAUUAACUGCAAUAUUUUGUAUAAUACUGAGACGUAC